AUGAGUGACAUUGAGAUUCAGAGUCGUGGCAGUACUGUUAGCAAUGACAGCUGUGCGGGCUCUAUCGACUUGAAAGCAAAACAUACGAACACACUCGGAAGCGUUCAGCUUCGGAAUCCAAUUACAAAUGACAUUAUACUUGUGCCUACUCCUUCAAGAGACCCCAAUGACCCUUUGAAUUGGUCGAGAGGCUACCGAAUUUACAUCGCCAUAAUCUCCUGUGCGGCCAUUUUCCUGGCCCAAUUCCUAGCAGCUGGACCCAGUGUGGACAUGAUCGGAAUUAUAGAGGACCUAUUCGGUAUUACAUCAACGGAUCCGGGAUUUUCAUCUGCAUUGACCAAAAUGUCAUACGCGUUUAGUGGCACCUCAUUUGCGCAAGGGAUGUCAAAUCUUGUCUACAUGCCACUCAUCAUCAAAUAUGGACGGCGACCGGUCUACAUAAUCUCAUUUCUGAUAUACGGUGCAUGCUCUCUCUGGGCAGGUUUGGCGAAGGAUUAUAAGGAAGAGCUGGCGGCACGAAUAAUCAUGGGUUUUGCAGGUGGUUCUGCUGAAUGUCUGGCGCCUCUCACUAUCGCCGACAUAUUCUUUCUCCAUGAACGUGGCCGGAUCAUGAGUUAUUACUCCGCUGCCCUGUCUUGCGGCGUUUCCGGUGGUAUAAUUCUUUCGGGCUUGAUCACCAUUCAUCAAAGCUGGCGGGUUAUAUAUUAUGUUGCGACCGCGAUGAUCUGGGCCUUGGUCAUUCUAAUCACAUUUACCAUGCCUGAGACAGCAUAUCAGCGAAUCUACCCCGAUGUCACAGACGAAACCGAAACCGACCCAAACAAAGGCCAAGUAUCCCACGCGGAAUCUACUGUUCCAAAGAAAAAGACCUAUGCCCAACAAAUGCGUCUUUUCAAUCCAUCCUACACCGAUGAAUCUCUAGUUACUCUCUUCUGGCGCCCCUUUCCUGUCCUGUUCCUCCCGUCCGUGCUAUGGGGAACGCUAUGUAUGUCUGUCUGCAUCGGCACGUUUGUUGCCAUCUGCUCCAACUUCGCGACCGCAUUUACAAACACAUAUGGAUGGUCAACCUGGCAAUGUGGAUUAGCCUACAUCGCCGCUCUCAUCGGGGCCUUUGUCGGUGUUUACGGAGGUGGCUGGCUAUCCGAUAAGAUUGCAGACUGGAUGACCCAGCGUCAUGAUGGCAUCCGGGAGCCAGAGAUGCGUCUACCGACUAUAACCAUCUCUUUGAUUUUAUGCCCGCUAUCCUUGAUACUUUAUGCGGUUGGCAUACAAAACUCUUUACACUGGAUAGUUCCAGUCAUUGGCCUAGGAUUGAUUGGCUUUGUGAUAACCCAAGUGUCUAAUAUCGCUAUUGUCUAUGCGGUGGAUGCCCACAGACCGAUUGCAGGCGAAGUAGUUGUAUCACAACUAAGCUUUAAAGCGGCCUUUGGCUUCCUUCUUUCAUUUUAUACAAAUCCCUGGAUUGAUUCUGCUGGAUACCUUAAUGCAUUAGGAGCGUUGGCUGGUAUUUGCGCGGCAAUCCUGAUUCUGUGGAUUCCGCUAUUCAUCUGGGGUAAGCAAAUUCGAAUCUGGAGCUUGGGAUUGAGAGCCAUGAAAGGAGUUCGUUGGGGCGAAGAUCGGGAGGUUGGUGAAUAA